GCCCAGCAUGAACCGACAUUCUCCUUCAAAACGUUUAGAUGAAGUCAGUUUUGUCGAAAAGGUUCUUUUUAGUCUUUAAAACGAAUUUCUCGAGUUAGUCGCACUUAUUAGUUAUUAUCUUCUCCGUCAGGUCCGGGCGAUUAUCACUAUUUGCAGCUAAUUGUAGCCAUCUUUUCAUCAUGAAAACGCUGAUGUCAACGAGUAAUACUGCUGCGUCCCCUCUAUUACCCGCAGUUAGAAGAAGAGGUCGGUAUGAAAAAGAAGCUGAUUAUACUGGACCUAACCUAGUUUGUAUGCAAGCCUUGCCAUGUAAUAUAAGAAGAGGAAAACUUCGAAUUGGUAGAUCUCAAACUCUGUCAUGUCAUAUGAGAUGUGCUGCUGCUUUGAAUGCUACAUGUGCAGCUGCUCUAACCCAAACUGUAACACGUGAGUCUCAGACAGUUACACUUACCCCUGGUAAAGCAAAGACGCCUCAGCUGGACGACAACGGACCUGGACUGCCGCCAUAUAGAGAUGAUGGCAACGGAGGUAACGGUGGAGGUGGCAGCGGCAAGUUUUCAGGUGGGUUAGUCCUUUUGGGGAUUCUUGGUGUCUUGGACGUUUUGAAGGAGGUGGAGAACGAGUGGCGUCGCAAGGGUGAUGGUGGGAGAAAAUGAGGCAAGAAACUGUUUUAGUCCCAAGAGACUGAUUAUUAGGCCGUCAUUGCCCUCCUGAUUGAUGUACAUUUUCUGAGGAAUUUUUCUUAGAGGAAAUAACCAAUGCUAUUGCUAGGUAAUUGAUUGGUAGUGUGUUUGUGAUAGGUCUUUCUUUUCUGAUUUAGUGUAGAGGGAUAUGCUCUAAGCCUCUGUGAUAGGUUUUUUCUAUCACACGCUUGUAUACUCGCGCAUGUAAAAUUAAUUUUAAAUUUCUAUAGGACGAA